UCAUUACUUUUACUUAAAUACACUCUUAACUCUUAAUUCUCUCUCCCUCUCUCUCUCUUUUUUAGUCUUAGGGUUUAACCCUUUUCCCACCGCUAAUACUGCUACCACGCCCAAUGGCUUCACUUCUUUUGAGCUUCCCUUCCAGAUUUAUCUUCUCCAAAGAGGUCUCUGCUUUAGGUUCUCAUACUAUGGAGAUGAUGUCAAGAAAUGGUUGGAGGAUAGUAACCUGGCUUCUUACUCCAAUUUUGUAUCAACCCAAUCGGUGAGUUGAUGUGCCUAAGAUUGGGUGUAGGGAAUGAAGCAAUUGGUCCGUGCUUGUAGGAUAGAUGUAUAAAUUUUCAAUGUCUAUCUUCUUAUCUUUCUGUUUCCUAUAUUAUUUGGAUUCUUGAUAUUACAAUCGUUUAUUUUGAUGAUGAUUCUAAUAUUAUAUUUAACUCCAUUACAAAAAUCAUAUGCAAAUAAUGAAUCAAUCUCGUUUAACUUUCACAAUGCAAACAAACGAUUGAUCUUGCGUUAGAGAGUAUCGCUUAAAUAGAUAUCUUUGUGUAGGCUCUCAAUGUCAAUAACUGCAGAUUGAAAUAUCCACAUAAUCAAGUUGAAAUCGAAUAGUUUUUGACCUCGAGGGUCAGGUUUGAAAAUCAAGGAAUGAAUGCGCUUGUGCUGUCUCUACGUGCAUCAUGUUCUUGAGGGACUUCCUGCGUGUUGUUGUUAUUACCCUUUCCUUGACCUAGCCAAGACAUUGUGAGUCUUGAUGGGAAAACUUUCUUGCUUGAUUCUUGCUUUGGUGCCUUCUUCUUCUGGUCAUUGACUGCGUGCGAGAAGCUCCUGAGUUCGUUAAGCCGCUUCAUCUUUUCUUUCUUCUGCUUCUUCUUAUGGAAGGAGAGGAAGAAUAAAGCCACCACUUUGGUGACCUUGUUCCCUGAAGCAGUAGAAGAAGAAGAAGAGGCUUUCUUGAGUUUUAAAUGCCGGUUAUGGCGUCGGGGACAGCUCUUGGUGAUUCUGAUCAGGAGUUUCCUACAUGGUCUGAGAAUCUUGUGGUUUAAGGUAACUAACGACUCAGCCCCCCUCAUCUCUUGGUUGUUUUCCUCUGUUUGUAGAAAAAAAGAGAGAAUGUAAGAAGAAGAAGGAGACAGAAGCAAAGGUCUGGGAUAAUGUAUGUGUUUAUGUGAUUA